UGGGCGAAUUAUGUUGAUCACCGAUUGUGCAUUGUGUCAUCAGAUUUUCAUACAUGCCAUAAUUUGCGGACGACAACUACAGUUCCAGGACCAGAUUAAACCCAGAUGUAUUUUACAAGCAUUCUGUCAUAAUAUCUCAACAAUAUGUUCGGAAGAGGGAAGAAAAGCAGCGGUCCACCAAAGUCUGAUCAAGUUCGAAAGCCACAGGCUACUGACAUGUUUGGCAUGCCUGACCUUUCAGCCUAUGCUGUCAAAGAGGAGUUUGAUGUGUCCAACGAGGCAUUGGAAGCCGAACUAGCUGCCCUGCUUGAAGAGGAAGACGAUGCCCCAAAGAUGACCAGACAACGUAGACCAGCUCCUGCCCAGCCAACCAAGUCGGCUGAUCCCAUGAGGCAGAUUGAUGCAAUGGCCGCACAAGCCCUGAGGGACACUGACGAUGAUCCUGAUGAUGAUGAUGAGGAUGAGGAUCUUCUUCUGGCGGAGCUUGCCGAUAUCACACAGGAGUCGUCAGAGACCCUCACCCCUCCCAGCACCCAACAGAAAAGGACCCCUAGUCCUACUCCUAGCCCAAAGAUGACAACUAGACCUACUCCACAGCCUAGCCCUGCUUCACAGUCUGCUCCAGCCCCAGGGCUUAGGCCAGGUCCCUCUAAUGUCAAUCGGAGUCCUUCACCAGCUCGGAAAGCAGCUCCUAGUCCUGUAGCUCCAAGUCCCGCCCAAACACAGGAACCAUCUGAGCCAGCAGACAUCAACACUGUGCUCCAGCAGCGUGCACAGUCUUAUCAGCAGGCCAUCGCUGCCGCUGAGGCAGCGGGUGAGAGUUCAAAGGUCAGGAGGUACAAGCGUCAGCUCAAGACGCUACAAGAUAUGCUGAGGAAGAUAAAGCUGGGUAAACCCAUCGAUAAGGACGAGAUUCCCCCUGAGGUUUGUGUACCCAAACCAGCUGCAGAUCAGCAACCUCCUCCCCAGGAGAAGCAGCCAGUGCCUGAAGCAGCUCCAGUAGCAGCAGUGUCUCAACCAAUCUCUUCCCCAGCAGUGCAACCAGAGCAACCAGACACUGCCCAAAGCAAGAGUGCAGAUGCUGAUCAGCUGAAGUUGAUAGGUGUGAGGAGAGACCAGUACAAAAUGGCUGCACUACUUGCCAAGAGAUCAGGUGACAUGAAGACUGCCGCAGAACAUCUCAAGGUUUCCAAGCAAUUUGAUCUAGUUAUCAAAGCCUUAGAAUCAGGUCAGCAGGUUGACCUCAGUGAGAUGCCUGGUCCUCCUUCCCAACCAGCACCAGCAGCUCCUCAGCAAGCUCCAGUUCCACAACCUCGGGCGCCUGCUCCAACAGCUCCUGGUCCCAGUCCAUCAGCAGUUCCUGGUCCCGGUCCAUCAGCAGCUCCUGGACCAGGACCCUCAGCAAGCUCCGAGGAGGAGCCACCUACUCCCAAGACGGAUCUUGAGGCCAUGCUUCAGAGGAGAGGGGUGUAUAAGAGCAUGGCUGACAAGGCAAAGGAAGAGAAUAACGACUCCAAAACUCGUAGGAUUGGUCGCAUUGUCAAGCAAUACGAGGAUGCCAUCAGAAAGCAAAAGUUAGGCAAGCCAGUUGAUCUGUCCGAGCUGCCUAGCCUUCCAACAUUCCCGCCCUUCCCAUCCCAAGCUGGCGGCCAGACUGCCCCAUCAGUAGCCCAGGCAGCUGCCCCAGUGGCACCCCCGGCAGCAGCAGCCCCUGUAGUAUCAGCUGCAGCGGGGGCUUGUGCCCCUCCCUCCAGGACUACUGGACAAGCGACCCAACCAGCUGCUUCAAGACCUCCGGCACCUACAAGACAAAUGUCAGCUAAAGAGAACAUGUACCAGCGGAAUGUAGCCAUCUUGAAAGACAGGAUAGCACAGUUUAGAAAGCUAGCAUUGGAAGCGAAAAGGAGGGGGGACAUAUACGAGGCUAAAAGAUUACUCAAGAUAUCUAAGGAAAUCGAGCCAAUGUUGACUGCUGCUGAAGGAGGCCUGCCUGUAAACCUUGACUCAAUACCGAAGCUUCCUCGCAAGGAGCCUGAAGCGGUCUCGCCUCCGACAUCACCGGAGCCGGACGGAGAUUUUGAGAUGGUUGCUGAUGGCAGUGCAGAGGAGGUCUAUAAAAGACUGAUAGCCACCUUGAAUAAACAAAUUGAGUUAUGUGAAGCUAAUGCAAAGGUGUAUGGGAAACUUGGCAAUAUCAAAUCAGCUAAGAGGUUUGAAGAAUUCAAAGAUUCAUGUCAACAAGACAUAGAUUUACUGAUCUCAAAGCAGUCUAGAGGAGAAACCAUCCCGAGGCACCAUUAUGAACAACGAACACUGCCCUCUGUCAGGGUCUGUCCAGACGUAAAGGAGAAUGAGGCUGAGAUAACCAUUGUACAGGGAUUGCAACUACAUUGCCCUAAUGAGAAAGAUUCAAAAGACAUUGACACCUACAUAAAGGCAGAAUUCCCAUACCCUUCUGAUGAUCCUCCGACCCACAAGACAGGCUGGGCGAAGGGAGCGGUUAAUCCUCAAUACAACUCAAGCUGCAUGGUAGAGAUCAACCGCGGCUCUAGGGCUUUCAACUCGGCUGUCAAAAGGAAAGCACUCAAACUAGAAAUCAUCUACAGCAAAGGUUUAUUACGAGGUCACAAGACGUUAGGCACUGCCAGCCUCAAACUUGCUGAAUUGGAGAACAAAUGCGAGCUUCAUGAAUCCAUACCGUUGAUGGAUGGAAGGAGAGAAAUUGGUGGAAAAAUAGAAGUGAAAAUUCGCCUUCAUCAUCCUCUGUCUGGGCUAAAGGAAGAUUUUGUGAAGGAGAAAUGGCUUGUUGUUGACAGUGUUCAUAAGAAAACAAAGGUAUCCAGCCCUCCUGCUGCAGCUUCAAAGAAAACAUCAUCCUCAUCUUCAGCCAGUGGAAGUUCAUCUGGAAGUGGGCACAGAAAUAAAGAUUCCAAAGUAUGUGAAGUCACCUAGCUUAAAAGUACAGUAGCUGCCAGAAGACAAAUAAAACAAAAUAAAAAAUAUGGCCAAUAAUGAAUACUAGAAACAGAGCUGCCCACCGAUGACACUCCUACUAAGUUUUCAUCUACUUCAUAUCAGCUGAUUAAUAACUGAAAUUAGAUUAAGAUUAAAUUUUCUUACGAUGUGGAUAUGGUGUGUGAGCUUGUUUUGGGGAAAAUGAACCGUGUUGUAAGGUUUUCAUAUUGUUAUUGAAAACUGUCUGAAUGUGUACAUGUCUUUCCUUAAAAAUGAAAUGUCAGAUUUGACAUUGAUAUUUAUUUAUUAUCAAUUCGGCAAUUACAAUAUAAAAUAAAUUUCAACAAAAUAUAAAUAUUAAGCAGAGCCGUAGAUGGGUACAUGUAGCUUAGCUGCCUGGGUAUGGGGAAAAGCUAACUUGAUAACUGACCCGAGGGUCUCCCUGCCUGACCAAGCUACAUAUGAAUUUGUUAUCGGAGAAUUUGUAGUAACUUGCAAUAAUGAAAAGUUCAGUCAAGAAUUGUUUUGUUAACUUUGUUAUACCCUCUGUAGUUGGUUGGUGAAUGUAUAUUGAUUUGGGGUCAUCUGUCUGUCCAUCCGUCUGUGUCCUGUUUUUAUUCUCAUGAUACUUAAAUAACCAUUGGACAGAUCAACUUCAAACUAGGUCCAAGUAUGCAUAUAUCUGGGAGGGAUGUCAGGGUCAAAGGUCACAUAGGUCAUUAAAUGCACUGUAAUAUCUCAUUCUUGUGAUGACUGAAGAAUGCAUUGAUCAACUUCAUCAGUGGAUUAACUUCAUUAAUAGAGUGACAAUGAUUUUAUUAGAUUUUGGGGUCAUGAGUUCAAAGGUCACAGGGAUCUUUGGGUACAUGUAUGUGUUUUGGCAUUAUAUUUGGCACUGGUGCGCAUAGAGCACUUGCACUUACUUCAUUAAAAAAUAGGUAUUAAAGGGGAAGUUCACCCUGAAGAAAACUUUGUUGUAAAAAUA